AGGAACUUGAAAACACAUUGGCGUUGGUCUUCUUACCAAUAGACUCCUUUUAGCUCCACCUCUAAUCUUUGCAUACACUGUCCUGUAGUGAAGAGCAUCAACAUUUACACAGCUUUACAGACUGCAGAAACACACAGUUUGCUGAUAAUGGAUAAAGGAAUGUUACCCCCUCCGUAUCCUGGAUCGCCAAUGGUCCAAACCAACAUGUCCUACGCGGCGCCGCAGGUUACCUAUCAACCCCAACCAGUUCCAGUGGCCACUGUAUACAGCCCACCGCCGGUACAGACAGUCAUGGGGUCCAGCAUGACUCACACAGUCCAGUCAGCUGGGAUCGCUCCAAUGGCUACAGUUUACCCAGCACCAGUCGUGCAAGGGCCGGUCAUGUCUUCCUCCACCAUGACGCAGACGGUCCAGUCUUCAUCUAUGCCUGGCAUCGCUCCAAUAGCAGUUUACAACCAACAGCCCACCGUCAUGCAGUCCACCGUAACUCAGACGGUCCAGUCUGCUGCGCCUGCCCCGGCUGCUACAGUGAUAGUUGUGCCGCCGCGUCUGACGGACGUCCCGGGGCAGAUGAAAUGUCCUCACUGUCAGCAGCAGGUCGUCACGGAGAUCAUGUACGUCAACGGCCUGCUGGUGUGGGCCAUCUGCGGAGGUCUUGGCAUUACUGGGAUCUGGCCGUGUUGUUUGAUUCCCUUCUGCGUGAAUUCCUGCAAGGAUGUGGAGCACCGCUGCCCGAGCUGCAAAACGCUGGUCUACGUUCACAAACGCAUGUAGCUUGUUCCGAAGCCGAGAAAGAAACCUUCACACCAGCAUCUUCUAGACAUCUCUGGACUUUCUGACUCCAAAAAAACUAUGCCAUUAAAACACUUGGGUUUCUCUUUCCUUACAUUGUUCCAUAUAUUUAUGCUGCAUAUGAUUUAUAUCUGUUUUAUUGCGGAAUUUAUAAUGAACUGUUUGAAUUGUAUUGAUCCUGUAAUGUAAUCGAGCGGAAAAUACAUUAUUCUGCGUCUUCUGCAUUGCCUUAUUUUCCUAUCCAAAACUAGAUUUGUUGUAUUAAGUUAUAUUUAGCUGAUUUAUAAGCCAAAUGAUUAUUCUCAUUAAAGACAAAUAACCUUCA